CACACUGUGUUGCAACUCUGAUAAAACCUGAUAAGUUCAUACUAUUUUUUACUCCAGUAGCAUUCUCGUCAUUUGAUCUAUUGUUCAGUGUCUGAGUUGGUUUUAUUUUUUAUUUCAUCUAUUGUCUGGUAUUUAGCUGAUUUUCCCUUCUUUUAUUUUCUCUUUUCUUUUGUUUUAUUCCUAUUUAGUUUUUCACCAACAAAAAACUACUCUUUUCCUUCUUUUCUUUUCUGCUAUCUCGCCUAAUCUCAUUAUACAUUUCAGAUCAAAUACUGCACAUGUCCUCCUCCAACGUAAAUGAGUCUAAAUCGUUGCUCAAGCAAUCUUCCACCACCAAUAUUGUUCGUGUUAUCGACUAUGGUGCAGCUCCCAACGAGUCUGACGCUUCCCAUAGCUGGGGUAAUUCAAACGAUGACGACAACUUAUUGUUGAGUCCUGAUUUCAAAACUACUCCAACAAACGAAUUGAAAUUCAUUUCAGAAAACUCCUUUCCCUUGGUUAUAACCUUCUUCUUGCAAAACUCCUUUCACAUUGCCUCAAUUUUCUCGGUUGGCCAUUUGGAUAAAGUCAAACUAGCCUCUGUCACCUUGGGUGCUAUGACAGCAAACAUCACUGCUUUCUCCAUAAUCGAGGGUUUGGCUACUUGUUUGGAUACUCUAUGUUCUCAAGCUUAUGGUUCAAAGAGUUACAACUUGGUUGGUAUUUAUUUUCAAAGAGUAACUGCCUUGAUUCUAACCAUUUUAUCUGUAAUCAUCGUCCUCUGGUUCCUUUUUGCUGAAAAAACUCUAGCUUUUUUAAUCAACGAUGCUGAGUUGGCUCAUUUAGCCUCCAACUAUCUUAAAGUCAUCUCCUUGGGUAUUCCAGGUUAUAUCUUGUUUGAAGCUGGUAAAAGAUUCCUCCAAUGUCAGGGAAUCUUUCAUGCUUCCACAUACAUCUUAUUUGUCUGUGCUCCUUCAAAUGCUAUAAUGAAUUACUUAUUUGUUUGGAACUCACACAUCGGCAUUGGCUACCUUGGUGCUCCAUUGGCUGUUGCUAUAAACUACUGGUUAAUGCCCAUCGGUCUCUUGAUUUAUAUUGUUUCCACAAAAAAUAAAAUUAACCCUCUUAAAUGCUGGAAUGGUAUCAAUAUUGAACAGGCAUUUAAGGGCUGGUCAAGAUUUUAUUCCCUAGCUAUCGCUGGUCUAUUAAUGGUUUUCUCCGAAUUUAUGGCUUUCGAAGUCAUAACCCUAGGUUCGGCCUACCUUGGUAUAACUGCUUUGGCUGCAAGCUCAGUUAUCUCUUCAAUUGCAACUUUGGUCUACCAAAUCCCUUUGGCUAUUUCAAUUGCUGCCUCAACUAGAAUAGCAAACUUCCUUGGUUCAAACCUACCUAGACAUGCCGAAACCGCUGCAAAAUUCACCUUGUGUUUUGGUUUAGCAGCUGAAUUAGUAACAUCUUUUGUUUUAUUCACUUUCAAAUCUCCCAUUGCAAAAUCUUUUACUUCCGAUCCUGAUGUCAUUAAAGAAUUAAUCCACGUAUUGCCCACAAUCGCCUCCAUCCAAUUAUUCGAUGGCUCAAACUGCUUAACUGCUGGAAUCUUAAGAGGUCAGGGUUUGCAACAUAUUGGCAGUAGAACAAAUGUAAUUGGUUAUUAUAUUGUUGGUUUACCAAUCGGUUUCGUAUUAGCUUUCAAAACCUCUUUAGGUUUGCAAGGUAUAUGGUGUGGAAUGGGUAUUUCUUUAUUAUUCAAUGGCCUUGUUCAAUACUAUUUUGCUGUCUUCAAGGCUGACUGGCCAAGAUUAGCUGAUAUGGCUAAAGAAAGAACUGAUGCCGAAAACCUUCAUCUUUAAUUUAUCCAUAAACAUUUAAAAUCCAAAAUCCAAAAUCCAAAUCUCUACAGUUCUUUCAACAUUCUAUUAAAACCUUGGUUUUCCAAAAUUCUUUACUAAAACCUUUAAAAACAUCUCUUUUUUUCUCUCUUAUAUUUUUAUUUGAUUCUUAUAUCUUUGAAAUAGUCUCUCUUUUACCCAUCUUUUUUCAGUUUCAGUUUCAAUUCAGCUCGAUUUUAUUUGAUCCGUCCACAUCAGUUCCAAUUCAAUUCCAUUCAUUUCAUUUUUAAACUUGCUAUAACUUUUUUUCCUAUUUAUGUUUAUAUAUAUAUUGGAUUCUUAUUUUAAAUUAUCAUAAAUAUACAUUUAUUG